AUGCGUCUGUCUGAGUGCUUUGGUCGCCGAAAUGCACUCAUCGUCAAUGGAUGGAUUAAUGUAUUUGGUGCUCUACUAGAAUACUUUUCUAAAGCGAUGGCAUCGCCUGAGUUGCUAAUUUUCGGUCGGCUGGUACUUGGAGCAGUAAUGGGACUUUCGACAGGGUUGGUGCCUAUGUAUUUAAUGGAAAUCACUCCUACAAAGUAUCGAGGAGCGGCUGGCACUCUUCAUAUGGUGGCAGUUGCAUUUUCUGAUUGGUUUUCACUCUUUAUCGGAUUACCUGAGAUUCUAGGAAACACGCAAAGUUGGCCUCUAGCAUUUGCAUUCCCAGGCAUUCCUGCACUCAUGCUUUGUUGUAUUCUUCCAUUUUGUCCUGAAAGUCCAAAGUUUACUCUCUUCACGCGUGGAGAUGCUUCAAAGGCUGUCUUAGAUCUAAAACGAUUUGUAGACGAUAAUGAGGCGGAAUAUAUGUUUGAAGCUUUGGAACGUGAAGCUAUAAUGAUUAAUGAAGGCCCAGGAACAUAUAAACAAAUAUUCACCGAGCGUUCGCUUCGAGUACCUCUACUAAUCUCUAUUAUGGUAAUGAUCACUCAACAAUUUACGGGUUGUUCUGCUGUUUUUGCCUAUUCGACAGAUAUGUUUUUGAAUGCAGGAAUUAGAGGUCAAAUGGCAAGAUUCAGCACUCUAGCUGUUGGAAUAGCGUACUUUUUGUUUGCAUUAACUGCCCCUUUUUUGAUUGAACGCGCCGGACGGAGAAUUCUUCUGAUCUUUCAAUUAUCAAUGUGCUCGUUAUCACUCACACUUCUCAGCUUCUUUAUGUGGCUACAAAAUUUUGGAGGGCAUGUUUGGGCUGGCUAUGCUACCAUAGGUGCUCUAAUUUUCUACAUGUGUGUAUACGGUAUUGGUUGCGCAGUACCAUGGCUAAUAACUGGAGAAUUAUUUCCUACCAAAUACAGAGCUUCUGCAAUUACUGUCGCGGUUUCCGUUGCCUGGUCUUUAUCCUUUGUUGUCUCUACGUGUUAUCUACCUUUUCAGCAGCUUGUUGGCAAUUCAUUAAGCUAUGUACCUUUUAUUAUUGUCAGUGGAUGUGGAGCUGUUUUUGUAUAUUGGGUUUUACCAGAAACACGAGGCAAACAAGCAAUGGACAUUGUUCGGGAAAUCCGACAGAGGGCCAGAUCACUAACUAGCGGUCAAUCACCAAUGCGAAUUCAACCAGUAAAGGAUACUCGAUUUUGUGAUGAGACAACUCCAUUGUUAAGGUAG